AAUUCAGUGUGCAAGUGAACUCCAAGUGAUGACAGCCUCAUUCCAUCCGUUCCUUAAAUGGGUUUUCUUCUGCCUAAUAGCCAUAAUAGUGAUUCUCAGUCUUUCAACGCGAGAUGAAAAUACUCAAUAUAGGACAAUUAACGAAGAGUCCAGAGCUUCUGAAGCUUUGGAAGUGGAAGGAUCAGCUAGUUAUAUAGCUAAUAUCCUUCCUGUGAAAGAGGAAGCCUUACCUUUUUUCUUUGUGGACACAGCCAAGUGCAAGAUUCCCUAUGUGGAUCCCUUCGAAUCGGAUGCCAUGGCCAUUUACCAUCCCGAACAUUUUGAGACCUGCUCCAACGAAACUGCUCUGGUGACCCCGAUCUAUGACAUCAGUCGACAGCGUUAUGUGUUGAUGAUCAAUGAAACGCUGGCCUCUAGCAUUAUGAACUCUAACGAGGGGGAAUACAACUGCUAUUAUCAGGAGAUAACACGCGAGCAAGAGCACGACAGCUACGAUAAGGUGCAGCGAAAAUACUUCACGCAGUACUACGAGGUGCCGCUUCAUGUUCAGGGCCUCAUCUUGGCCUGUCAUCGUCUUGGCAACGAGUCGGAUAUUCUGCAGAGCGAUGCCUAUACCCUCAUCCAAUAUAAGCCACCUCCGGAGGGACUUUCCCUGGAACCGUCCAAACGGAAGCCAAGCGUCCUAAUGUUCGGCAUAGACAGCCUGUCGCGGAUUAAUCUACGUCGAACCAUGCCAAAAGUUCAUAGCUUUCUCAAGAGAGACGGAUGGUUUGAGCUGCAGGGAUACAAUAAGAUUGGCGACAACACCUUUCCCAACCUUCUCGCCCUUUUGACUGGCUACAAUCCAGACUCGGCCUUGGAGAAUGUCUGCGACUGGCACGAGAAGAACUGCCUGGACAGGACUCCCUUUAUAUGGCAGCACUUUCGGAAUGCCGGCUAUCUGACCGCGUAUGCCGAAGAUGAGACUGGCAUAAACACAUUCAACUACUUUAAGCCCGGCUUUCGGGAGCAACCCACCGACUUUUACCUCCGGCCCUUCCAGAAGGCCUUUGAAUCGGGUAUGAACACCUGGAAAUGCCAUGACUGCUCGAUGAGGUACUGCAUCGGGCGACGGAUCACUAGUAGCUAUGCCUACGAUAUGGCCAGAGAUUUUGCCCGACGCUUCGUGGAUGAGCGUCCCAUUUGGGGUCUCUUCUGGUCGAAUAGCUUCAGUCACGACAGCUUCCAGAUGCCCUCGAAAAUGGAGGACUAUGUGCUGCAGUAUCUUCUAGACUUCCAGGCUGAUGGAGUGUUCGACCAGAGUAUUAUGAUAUUCCUCUCUGAUCAUGGAACUCGUUUUGGUAAGCUGACGUCCCUGAAAAGUGGGUUUCUGGAGGAGCGACUUCCCUCGAUGUUUAUCUACUUGCCACCCUGGUUUCGAGAUCAAUAUCCCGAAUAUGCAAGUGCCCUGCAGUUGAAUCAGAACCGCCUGACCUCAAACUACGAUCUGCACAACACACUGAAGCACAUCAUCGAACUGGGUAAUUCUAUAGAUGAUUUUAAGCUAACCAAAUCUCCCGACUGUCCCAAAUGCCAGUCCGUAUUUCUUCCCAUCGAUGAGUCGAGGACGUGUGAGGAUGCUGGAAUACCUGAACACUACUGCACCUGUGUGCCUUAUAAAAGACUCAAGGAUGGCUGGGCAAAGCGUAUUGCUCCCCAGGUAAUCAGUAGAAUCAAUGAAUAUUUGGCCGGCAGGAAUCUCAGUGGCAUUUGCUCGGAGCUAACUCUAAAAUACAUACACAAGACAGCGAUAAAAAUCGACCUAGAUAAAAAUUUCCAUGAUGAAGUGCCCUUUACAGAGGUGGCCACCUAUCGCACCAUGUUCAAGGUCAAUCAGAACACCGCCGACUUUCAAGCCACCGUUCUAUUUAACAACAUCACAGGAUCUGUAGAAGUCGCGGUGCCCACGAUCAGUCGACUCGACAGUUACGCCAAGGUUUCGACAUGUGUCGAUGACAAAACCGACAAGAUGUAUUGCAUUUGCAAGAGUGAUAUCUAAGAUUAGAAUAGGUUUUAACUAGCUUUUUACAGGGUGACUAUCUACAAAGUAGAUUAUACAG